CUAUCGCGUUUUUGCUGUUUCAUAUCGAGCGCAUUUUCUGAGCUGAAGAAUACUUCCCCUCUGCACAAAUUAAUGGAAAUAUUCUUGCGAUGCGAUAAGCAAUCCUUGUACAGCGAUCUGUACGAAAUCUCAUUCGCAGAUACGAGCAAAUGCGUAUCAAGAUCCUGGGGGAUUGUUACUACUGUAUAAGUGGUGCGCCCGUCGAAAGGCCAGACCACGCGGUCCUCUGUGUAUACAUGGGUCUGUCCAUGGUGGAGGCGAUCAAAUAUGUUCAACAGACGACGAACAGCCCCGUCGACAUGAGGGUGGGUAUUCAUACGGGCGCGGUGCUUGCCGGGGUCCUCGGCCAAAGGCAGUGGCAGUUUGACGUUUACAGCAAGGACGUCGAGCUGGCGAAUAAAAUGGAGAGCAGCGGAAGGGCUGGGAGGGUGCACAUUUCGAACGCGACGUUGAGCUUCCUGAAUGGAGAAUUCGAGGUCGAGCCGGCGCACGGGGAAGAUCGGGAGGAGGCAUUCCAAAAGGCCGGCCUUGUCACUUACUUUAUUGUGAAAGCCUUGAAGCCGUUUAAGCCAGCAGUAACGAAAAGUCUCGCGUCGCUGGCCGAUGCGGAGAAUUCGCAAAGGAUAAUGGAAAAUUCGCAAGACAAGGGGGACAAUAGCAAGGAGGACUCCGAGGAAUUUCAACAACGUCUAAGGAAAAAGCUCGACAGUAGAG